CGCUGCAGGGGGCGGAAGUUAGUGCUCUCACAUGAGAAGCAAGAAGAAGCCAUCGAUGGUGAUUAAAUUGUAACGUUUAUGGUCAUGUUCAUCGACUCCUCGUCCGAACGGGAUGAAUAAUAUCCGCCGUCAAUAUUUUUGGGUUCAUUUCUUUUGGCGAUGCGCAGUAAAGGAGAGUAAUGUCGCUGACAACUGGUAGCUACCGGGGAAAAAAGGCAAAGCUGCGAGCAGAAGCAGGAGAGGUAAACACCCAGGUGUGAUUAGUCCCACUGCAGGACAGUGUGUGGGGUCUUUCCGGCUCUGUAUGUUCAUGAGCGGCGUAGAAGACGGUGAUUGUAACGUGAUGCCAAAAUGCUGCUGUCUCUGGGAAUGCUGAUGCUGUCCGCCACCCAGAUUUACACCAUCUUCACCGUGCAGCUCUUCGCCUUCCUCAACCUGCUGCCUGUGGAGGCCGAUAUCGCUGCUUACUCAUUUGAUAACAAAACAGAAACCUUUGAGGACAUGCCUGCACGGUUUGGCUACCGGCUCCCCAGCGAUGGACUAAAGGGCUUCCUGAUCGGUGCCCGACCUGAAAAUGCGUGCGAGCCCAUCGAUCCUCCCCCCAGGGACAACUUGACGGGAGCCUUCAUCGUCCUCAUCAGGAGAUUUGACUGCAACUUUGACAUGAAGGUCCUGAAUGCGCAGAAAGCCGGAUAUAAGGCAGCCAUUGUUCACAAUGUGGACUCUGAUGACUUAAUCAGCAUGGGAUCCAAUGAUUUGGACGUUCUGAGGCAGAUAGUUAUUCCCUCGGUUUUCGUGAGUGCGCUCACCGCUACUACCCUCAAAGAUGACUUCAUGUACGACAAAGGAGGGCACUUGGUCCUGAUCCCAGACUUCACCCUCCCACUGGAAUACUACCUGAUCCCCUUCCUCAUCAUAGUGGGAAUCUGCCUCAUCCUCAUUGUCGUUUUCAUGAUAACCAAGUUCGUCCAGGAUCGACGCAGAGCUCGGAGGAGCCGUCUGCGCAAAGAUCAGCUGAAGAAGCUUCCCAUCCACAAGUUUAAGAAAGGGGAUAACUAUGAUGUCUGUGCCAUCUGCCUGGAUGAGUAUGAGGAUGGAGACAAACUCCGAGUCCUGCCGUGCUCUCAUGCCUACCACAGUAAGUGCGUGGACCCCUGGCUGACCAAGACCAAGAAGACGUGUCCCGUAUGCAAGCAGAAGGUGGUCCCUUCACAGGGCGACCCUGACUCGGACUCAGAGGAGGGCGACAGCGGUCCAGACGAGAACGAGGCCUCUGAGAGCACGCCCCUGCUGCGCUCCCAGGCCUCCACCAGCGCCCACUCCUUCGGCACCAUGUCGGGAGCGUCGCGCUCGGAGCAGGACCAGGACUCCUCCGAGUACGACGACGACGGGCUGGACAGCAGCGACAGCGAGGAGGAGGUUACCGUGGGGACUGUGGUGGUGCAGAUGCAGCAGCCGUGCUCCGAUGAGCGAGAUUUGCUAGCCUGAGUGGCCAACUCAGCUGCCCGCCCCGACAUCUGCAGACUUUAAGGAGGGGGGACUUACAGAUCUAUCAUAUGUUCUUGUCACUGCGUACGUCAUACUGCUAUCCUCUGUAGGAGUUCCAAUGUUUUUAAUCGAUGAUGAGUUGGAUGAGCUGCCAAGAGGAAAGGACCCGUAAUACAGUAGACUGUAUUUAUUCAUGGAGACCAGAGGGUCCACCUGCUCUCAUCAUGCCUGACAGAGCUGCAUAUUAUUGUCUGUAUAUAUCAAGUAUAAAUCACCAUAACUUUCAUAUUAACCUUUGAUUAUCUUCAGUCCCAUGUGUGUAAUAUACACAGAUAUACUGUAUAUAAAUCCACCUUAUAUUCACCGGAACUGAACCAAUAUGCAGCACCUUCAUUUCAGCUCACUAUGGAAGCAAAUCGUUACCAUAUUUCAAAUGAAAAAGUGUUUUCAUUUUAAGAAUGUGGCUGCAUUGUUUGACUCAUAAAUGAAAUUAGUAAUCAAUAAUCCUGUUUGCAUU